AUGCAGCUGAGCCGCGAUGACAUGCGGCAGACGUGCGAAGAGAUCGUUGCGCAAUUCUUGCGUUCGCACGAGUACCACGACACAUUGGCCGCUUUUGAGGCAGAGCGUGUAUACACUCAAUCUGAUGCUACUGCAUUUCCUACCGUCUCGCGUGAUUUGCGCACACUGAUUGAGCAUGCUGCCUCCAAGGCCAUGGCGGAGCAGCUCGCGAAUGUAUCGUUAACCCAUGACACGCAGGACGAUGAUAUACUACCGACACCGGCCUCGCCUACCUCCUAUACCCUUCAGCAUACGUACGAACACUUGCAUACUGGCAACAUUCUGUCCAUCGCUCCUGCUACGUACCCUGGCAUGGAGGGCCCGUGCGUAGCGACGACCGGGGCCGACAAACGUAUUGUGUUCACGAAUGCAACGACAGGCGAAGUCGUGGGAAUGCUGUACAAGGAUGCCUAUGGUGGGCACGAUGCCGCUGUCCUGGACGUCUCCCAAGCGUCAGCGUACCCUUCGUACGCCGUGACAGCUGGCAUGGAUGGCAAAGUGAUCGUAUGGGACUUGACAUGCGAUCGCGCGGUCCAAACGCUCAAAGAUCAUACUAAGUUUGUCGUCCGCAUCGCGCAUAGUGACGACGGUCGGUUUAUGGCGAGUGCUGGCUACGAUAAAGCCAUCCAUAUCUACGAAGUCGUGGCGCAUGACGGCGUCCCGACGUAUCGCCAUGUGCACAAAAUGCCUGUGACUACCAACCCUGAAUCGAUCUUGUUCGUGCUAGGCCCUGUCUCGCCAGACGGACAACCAUGGUCCACGGAGCGAACAUGGCUGGUGUAUACGUGCCGCGACAAUGUUGAGCUGCACUAUGUCGCUUUGCCCAUGUCAUCCCCGGCGCCCGAAGCAGCGCCAGAUUGGACCAUGGCUCGCUACAAUACCAACCCGGAUCCAGAUGACUACCAUGCUGGCUACUCCUUGCUGCAUCUGACGUUGCAUCCUUCUGGCAAGUAUGUUGCUGCGCAAACAGGCGAUCAUGGCGGCACGGAUCGCAUUGACAGCACAGCGAACCAUUCACUAUCGCGCUUGCUUCUCCUCCCUCUCUUUUCGCAGCAGCGGCGCACUACGCUCUGGACAGAGGCGCCCUCGUCUGCGUUCGCGAAUCCGCGGCAUGCAUGGACGAAGGCAGGCGAUGCGGUGUGGGUGACAGGCGAAGAUGGUCUCUUGCGUCUGGUCGGCCUCUCUGGCGAGAUCCUUGCCCGAGUGCGAUGCCAUGGCAUGGCAGCGACGUCGCAUUCGUCGGCCUCUGUGAAUGCGGCCCUUGCAGCCGCAGCUUGGCGCCAAAGCGGCAACACGGUGAUUAAGGGCGUGGCCGUCCUGCCAGAUGGUCGCAUUGCCAGCUGUGGUUUUGAUAAGACUGUUCGUGUCCUACAUGCAUGCUAG